GUUUCCUGUCAUGUGAUUUCCUGUUCUCUGUCAAACUAGCAGAAGUGACAUUAAUUUAACUUAAGAAAGUACAACCUCCGAUGUAUCGUCAGUGUGAAAUUAAUGCAGUCUAAGAUGCUAGGUGAAGAUUUAAAGAGAUGAGACAUUUAAUGAGAUCAGACAUUCAGAAUUUUUUAUGCUUCUUCACUGAAAUCCCAAAAAUGGAUGAACACAACAGUGUCAGCCUCAUGCGGCUCCCCUCUGAUGAGAGCACCCACUCCACCCUCUCCUCGGACUCUGAGUUAUAUCGAGCCCAGAUUUUGGACCUGCUCCCAAGUUCGCAGAUGGGACAUCUUAAUAAAAACAACAACAUUUACCUGGACAAUGGAUCACAGGUGACCACUCAGCCAAUCAGGAACCUACUCCUAGGGCUACAGGCCAAGAGAACUGUCCGGGACAUGAGGAAGAUGCAAAAGAGCAGGAUAGGUGUUUGGGAGUCCUGGAGGCGAAGCCAGAGCAUCUACAGGAGGAGGGUCAGGGAGCAGACAGGAGAGGCUCUCAGAGGACUGGUGCCAUGGCAACGCACAUUACACUCAAUUGAAGGUCGGUUUGGAGUGGGCGUUAAAGCUUAUUUUGUGUUCCUGAGAUAUCUGGUGUACCUCAACCUCCUGCUCUGCGCUCUGGUUGGGGGUCUUAUAUUGGGACCAACUGCAUUUUAUGGGAAAGGCAUGAGAAGUGAUUUUUUAAAGUUUGGGGCCAAUGAUUCAGUGCUGGAUUUCUUCUUGGGAACAGGAUACUUGGAACGAUCCCCUGUGUUCUAUGGAUUUUACUCUCGUGGGUCACUCGAAUUCCCUUGUUUGAAUACACCUCUGUUAUACCUCUAUGCAGUUCUCUCCAUUUACUUCAUCAGUCUCCUCCUGGUUGUGCGGAGGACAGUAGUGGGCUACAAGCACACAUGGAUCCUGAUGAAACGCCUGAACACUUUUGUGUCAUAUAAAAUAUUCUGUGGAUGGGACCACACCAUCCGGGACCCUUCUGCUGCCGCUCUCAAGCACAACUUCAUCAGGAACGACCUGAAGCUGUUUUUUGAUGAGCAGAACUUUACUUUACGUGAGGCCCAGAGGACACUUGGACAGUGGAUUCGGCUUUACCUGCUGCGCUUCCUCCUCAACCUCAUUGUACUCGCUCUGCUCAGUGGAGCCUUCUUCUUCAUUUACUUUGCAACAAAAAUGUCCCAGUCUGAAAAUAAUGAGAGAGGACACUGGUUGUUCAGCCUGUUUCUCCAGUACUUGCCUCCCAUGACCAUAACUACAGUAAACAUGGUCCUUCCUCAUAUUUUCCGUAAGAUCUCAGCCUUUGAAGAUAACUCUUUCACUACUCAGGUCAAUGCAACACUUGUACGAAGUAUCUUUCUGAAACUUGGGUCUUUGGGGAUUUAUUUGUUUUUCACCUUUACCACCAAUCAUGAUCAAUGUUGGGAGAAUCAGAUCGGCAGAGAGAUGUACAAGCUCUGCAUCUUCAACUUCCUCACCACAUUCUCUUUUGCCUUCUUCAUAAAUUACCCCAGGAAGUUAGUGCAGGAAAAGUACCCAUCAUCCCUUGUGGCUCGUUUGUCUGGAAAACAGCAGUUCCUGAUUCCCUUCAAUGUUCUGGAUCUGGUGUAUGCACAAACAGUGUCCUGGGUUGGGGUGUACUACUGCCCCCUGCUGCCACUCAUCGGAACAGUUGCACUCACUGCUACUUUCUACAUCAAGAAGUUCACGUUGCUGCGGUGCUGUGUGGCAGAGCAGAGGAUGUUUCGGGCAUCCAGCUCCUCUGUGCUGUUUCACUUCAUGCUGCUGCUCGGCCUGGCUAUUGCAGGGGUCACUCUGGCCUUCAACCUCCUCAGGUCUUCACUCAUGCCCUCUUGUGGUCCAUUUGGGAAUGGGCGCAGUGUUCUUAAUGUGACAGGGGCCUGUAUGCAGACCCUCCCCAGUCCAGUCCAGACCACCAUACACUUUCUCUCCUCUGCGGCCUUUGCUCUUCCCCUGCUCAUGACACAAGUCAUAAUGCUAACCUUCUAUGUCUCACGGCGGAGAGCCAACAACAAGACCAUUGAGAGACUUAAACAGAUGCUGGUGACGACCAGUGCAGAUAAGCGUUUCCUGGUGAAAGAACAUGCCACGAUUCUUAGGUGUAGAAAGAGACACCCAGAUUCUGCUCAGACGGACAAGAGUAGGAGCCUAAACCAGGAGCCUGGGUCACCCCCUCCCACACAGGACGUCCCAGAAGGAAUAUUAUGAGUAGAGCUGAUGUUUGUUUUUAUAUGAACACUGGAAAUAAGCAGGAUUUUGAAGCCAAACCAAGCACUGAAAUUGCAUCUGUAAAUUGUAAAUACAUGCUGUGUAAAUGUAGAAUCCACAAAAAUAUAUUAAACUGUGAUUAAUAUCAUAUGA